UCAAGAUGGCGGCUCCCACAAUUGUGGUCUGAGCGCCGGCAGGGCUGAGACAACCGCGGCGCUUGUAGCUCUUUUUCACCCGCCCCGGAAGCCGGCCAGUGAAGGGGACUUGGGGGUGUGGGAACCGGGCCGGGGCUCCGCCAUUUCCGGCGGGGGAGGGCUACGACUGAGGAAGGGAGGAGAGAGAGGCGGCUCAACAUGGCGGCUCCCAGGGCCUCCCGCCCGAGCCUGUGAGCAGGGGCGCCUGGGCAAGUUGUCAGGGCGGCAGGCCUCAGCUGCCGCCAGUUUUUCAAGCUUAGACUCUGGACAGUUUCAGGAGGCGUGUGAAGAGAAGCGGUGCGCGAGAAGAACGGGAAGAAGUGGAGGGACGGAGGAUAGUUAAGAUGGCGGCCUCCAUGGAGUCCACUGCUGUGUGAGAAACCGCUUCUCCGGGAGAACUGGCUUAGACGAAAAGGGGUGUGUGAGAGGACUCGCCCCCCGCCCCGCCUGGAGACUUUUUGUUCCCGCGGCCCCUGCUGGAACUAUGGCUUCGGCCGUGUCGCCCGCCAACUUGCCGGCGGUGCUCUUGCAGCCCCGCUGGAAGCGAGUGGUGGGCUGGUCGGGUCCAGUGCCCCGACCCCGCCACGGGCACCGCGCCGUGGCCAUCAAGGAGCUCAUCGUGGUGUUCGGAGGCGGCAAUGAAGGGAUAGUGGAUGAGCUGCACGUGUAUAACACGGCAACCAACCAGUGGUUCAUCCCAGCGGUGAGAGGGGACAUUCCCCCUGGGUGUGCAGCCUAUGGCUUUGUGUGCGAUGGGACCCGCUUACUGGUGUUUGGUGGAAUGGUGGAGUAUGGGAAAUACAGCAAUGACCUCUAUGAACUCCAGGCCAGUCGGUGGGAGUGGAAGAGGCUCAAAGCAAAGACACCCAAAAAUGGACCCCCUCCAUGUCCUCGACUUGGUCACAGCUUCUCUCUCGUGGGCAACAAGUGCUACCUAUUUGGAGGGUUGGCCAAUGACAGUGAGGACCCUAAGAACAACAUUCCAAGGUACCUGAAUGAUUUAUAUAUCCUGGAAUUGCGACCUGGCUCUGGAGUGGUAGCCUGGGACAUCCCCAUCACUUACGGGGUCUUGCCCCCACCCCGUGAGUCACAUACUGCUGUGGUCUACACUGAAAAAGACAAUAAGAAAUCCAAGCUGGUAAUCUAUGGAGGGAUGAGUGGCUGCAGGCUGGGGGACCUCUGGACCCUAGAUAUUGAGACACUGACGUGGAACAAACCCAGCCUCAGUGGCGUGGCACCACUGCCUCGGAGCCUCCACUCAGCCACCACCAUAGGAAAUAAAAUGUACGUGUUUGGUGGUUGGGUGCCUCUCGUCAUGGAUGAUGUCAAGGUUGCCACACACGAGAAGGAGUGGAAGUGUACCAACACACUGGCUUGUCUCAACCUGGACACCAUGGCCUGGGAGACGAUCCUGAUGGACACCCUGGAGGACAAUAUUCCGCGAGCUCGAGCUGGACACUGUGCAGUGGCCAUCAAUACUCGGUUGUACAUCUGGAGUGGGCGAGAUGGCUAUCGAAAGGCCUGGAACAACCAGGUGUGCUGCAAGGAUCUCUGGUACCUAGAAACAGAAAAGCCGCCACCCCCGUCCCGAGUCCAGCUGGUACGCGCCAAUACCACUUCUUUGGAAGUGAGCUGGGGGCCAGUGGCCACAGCAGACAGUUACCUUCUGCAGCUUCAGAAAUACGACAUUCCUGCCACUGCUGCGACUGCCACCUCUCCCACCCCAAAUCCAGUCCCAUCAGUGCCUGCCAACCCUCCCAAAAGCCCUGCACCCGCAGCAGCGGCCCCGCCUGUGCAGCCGCUGACCCAGGUGGGCAUCACGCUGCUGCCCCAGGCUGCCGCUGCGCCUCCCACCACCACCACCACCACCACCAUCCAGGUCUUGCCGACAGUGCCUGGCAGCUCUAUCUCUGUGCCCACUGCAGCUAGAACUCAAGGUGUCCCUGCUGUUCUCAAAGUAACUGGGCCUCAGGCCACCACAGGAACCCCACUGGUCACUAUGAGACCUGCCAGCCAGGCUGGGAAAGCCCCCGUCAGUGUGACCUCCCUGCCUGCGGGUGUUCGAAUGGUCGUGCCCACUCAGAGCGCACAGGGGACGGUGAUUGGCAGCAACCCGCAGAUGAGUGGAAUGGCAGCGCUGGCUGCGGCAGCUGCUGCUACCCAGAAGAUUCCCCCAUCCUCCGCACCCACUGUGCUCAGCGUCCCGGCAGGCACCACCAUUGUCAAAACUGUGGCUGUGACCCCUGGCACCACCACCCUCCCAGCCACGGUGAAAGUGGCCUCCUCACCUGUCAUGGUGAGCAACCCUGCCACUCGCAUGUUGAAGACGGCUGCCGCACAGGUGGGGACAUCUGUGUCCUCGGCUGCCAACACUUCCACACGCCCCAUCAUUACUGUGCACAAAUCUGGCACAGUGACUGUGGCCCAGCAAGCCCAGGUGGUGACCACAGUGGUGGGCGGCGUCACCAAGACCAUCACCCUGGUGAAGAGUCCCAUCUCCGUCCCCGGAGGCAGUGCUCUGAUUUCUAAUCUUGGCAAAGUGAUGUCAGUGGUCCAGACCAAGCCCGUUCAGACUUCUGCAGUCACAGGCCAGGCUUCUACGGGCCCAGUGACACAGAUCAUCCAGACCAAAGGCCCCCUGCCAGCCGGGACCAUCUUGAAGCUGGUGACAUCAGCAGACGGCAAGCCCACAACCAUCAUUACGACCACACAGGCCAGUGGGGCGGGAAGCAAGCCAACUAUCCUGGGCAUCAGCAGUGUCUCCCCCAGCACUACCAAGCCUGGCACCACCACCAUCAUUAAGACCAUCCCCAUGUCAGCCAUCAUCACUCAGGCGGGCGCUACAGGUGUGACCAGCAGUCCUGGAAUCAAGUCUCCUAUCACCAUCAUAACCACCAAAGUUAUGACUUCUGGGACCGGGGCUCCCGCCAAGAUCAUCACUGCUGUGCCCAAGAUUGCCACCGGCCAUGGGCAGCAAGGAGUGACCCAGGUGGUGCUGAAGGGGGCCCCCGGACAACCAGGCACCAUCCUCCGUACUGUGCCCAUGGGUGGCGUUCGAUUGGUCACCCCAGUCACUGUCUCCGCCGUCAAGCCAGCUGUGACCACAUUGGUUGUGAAGGGCACCACAGGUGUCACCACCCUUGGCACUAUGACUGGCACUGUCUCUACCAGUCUUGCUGGUGCUGGCGGACAUAGCACCAGUGCCUCCCUGGCCACCCCUAUCACCACCUUGGGAACCAUUGCCACCCUCUCAAGCCAGGUGAUCAACCCCACGGCCAUCACUGUCUCAGCUGCUCAGACCACACUGACCGCUGCCAGUGGGCUCACCACACCCACAAUCACCAUGCAGCCUGUCUCCCAGCCUACCCAGGUAACUCUGAUCACAGCACCCAGUGGGGUCGAGGCCCAGCCAGUGCAUGACCUCCCUGUGUCCAUUCUGGCCUCACCAACAACUGAGCAGCCCACAGCCACUGUGACAAUUGCUGACUCGGGCCAGGGUGACGUCCAACCUGGUACCGUGACACUGGUGUGCUCCAACCCUCCCUGCGAGACCCACGAGACGGGCACCACCAACACGGCCACCACCACAGUUGUGGCUAAUCUUGGGGGACACACCCAGCCGCCCCAGGUCCAGUUCGUUUGUGACAGGCAGGAGUCACUCGUAGCCUCCACAGUGGGGCAGCAGAAUGGCAGCGUAGUCCGAGUGUGCACCAACCCCCCGUGUGAGACCCACGAGACGGGCACCACCAACACACCCACAACGGGCACCACCAACACGGCCACCACCGCCACGUCCCACAUGGCUGGCCAGCCCAUAUGCGCCAACCCCCCAUGCGAGACCCAUGAGACGGGCACCACCAGCACCGCCACCACUGCCGUGGCCAGGAUGGGCUCUGGACAGUCAGCAGCUGCCAACCAGCAGCGAGGGGCCCAGCCCACCUGUGCUGCCAGCACCCCUGCUGCUGGACAGGUGGGUGUGGGCACCGGGUCGGCCGAGGGAGCCCCAAGCGCACUCAAACCCCUCUGCCAGACCAGCUCCACCCACACCACCAUGACUGUGCUGGCCACCAGAGCACCGUGUGUGACACCCCUCCCAGGGCCCAGCCUGGUGCUGGAGGCUGGUGGCAGUAGACCCGGCGGCGCCAGCAGCAAGGACAGCCUUGUAGCAGGCUUAGGCCAGCUGGUGCCUGGGGGACGGCACCUGGAGCCCCAGCACACCCAUACGACCAACACGCCCACCACAGCCCGCUCCAUGAUGGGCGCCAGGGAGGCCCAGUACGCCCCCAGGCCUGUGUGUGACAGCUGCCAGAGCAGCUCGACGGGCACCAUCAUGACUGUGGCCGCCCUGGAGGCACUGCUGGGCCCCCCCAUAGCCCCCCUAAGCCAGGUUUGCUCUAACCCCCCGUGUGAGACCCACGAGACUGGGACGACCAGCACAGCCACCACCUCCAAUGCAGGCAGGGUCCAGCGAGUGUGCACCAAUCCUCCCUGUGAGACCCACGAGACAGGUACCACACACACGGCCACCACCGCCACCGCCACCGGUGCCUCCGGGCAGCCCGACGGUGGCCAGCAGCAGGCGCCUGCCGAUGGCCCUUGUGAGACCCACCAGACCACCUCCACGGGCACCACCAUGACCGUCAGCAUCGGCUCCCUGCUCCCUGACGACAGUGCUGCCCACCAGGCCCUGGAGGCUGGCUUGGAUCCAGGGGCAGCACCAGCCCCAGUGGCUCCUCAGGCCAGCCCCACACUGCUGGGUCCCUUCCCAACCCAACGGGUCUGCUCCAACCCACCAUGUGAGACCCACGAGACGGGCACUACGCACACAGCCACCACUGUCACCUCCAACAUGAGCUCCAACCAGGACCCCCCACCAGCUGCCAGCGAUCAGGGUGAGAUGGAAAGCUCCCAGGGCGAGAGUGCAGUCACAACCUCCGUGGCCUCCACACUGACUCGAGCAGUGACCACCGUCACUCAAUCCACACCAGUUCCAGGUCCCUCCGUACCGCCCCCAGAGGACCUCCAGGUUUCCCCCGGGCCUCGCCAGCAGCUCCCUCCGCGGCAGCUCCUGCAGCCAGCUUCCACGCCCCUGCUGGGGGAGCCCGCCGACACCCUGGCGGCCGCCCAGGGCGCUGAGCACCAGGCCGCCGUGGACUUGAGCAGUACAGGGGACCCAUCUUCGGGCCAGGAGCCUGCCACCUCCGCGGUGGUGGCCACCGUGGUGGUCCAGCCUCCCCAGCCCGCACAGUCUGAGGUAGACCAGUUGGCACUGCCCCAGGAGCUGAUGGCUGAGGCCCAGGCAGGCACCACCACCCUCAUGGUGACAGGGCUCACACCUGAGGAGCUAGCAGUGACUGCUGCAGCCGAAGCAGCUGCCCAGGCUGCGGCCACGGAGGAAGCCCAGGCCCUGGCCAUCCAGGCAGUACUGCAGGCUGCCCAGCAGGCUGUCAUGGGCACCGGGGAGCCAAUGGACACGUCCGAAGCUGCGGCCGCAGUGACCCAGGCAGAGCUGGGCCACCUGUCAGCGGAGGGCCAGGAGGGCCAGCCCACCACCAUCCCCAUUGUACUGACACAGCAGGAGCUGGCAGCCCUGGUGCAACAGCAGCAGCUACAGGAGGCCCAGGCCCAGGCCCAGGCCCAGCACCACCUGCCCACUGAAGCCCUGGCCCCUGCUGACAGCCUCAACGACCCCACCAUCGAAAGCAACUGCCUCAGUGAGCUGACUGCCGCCGCCCCCAGCACUGUGGCCUUGCUACCUUCCACAGCCACUGAGAGUUUGGCCCCUUCUAACACAUUUGUGGCUCCCCAGCCAGUUGUAGUAGCCAGCCCAGCGAAGCUCCAGGCUGCAGCCACCCUGACUGAAGUCGCCAAUGGCAUAGAGACCAUUGGGGUGAAGCCUGACCUCCCACCCCCGCCCAGCAAAGCCCCUGUGAAGAAAGAGAACCAGUGGUUUGAUGUGGGUGUCAUUAAAGGCACCAAUAUGAUGGUGACACAUUAUUUCCUGCCGCCAGACGAUGCCACCUCUUCAGACGAUGACUCUGGCACCGUCCCAGACUACACCCAACUCAAGAAGCAGGAGCUGCAGCCAGGCACAGCCUACAAGUUCCGUGUGGCUGGCCUCAACGCCUGUGGCCGUGGACCCUUCAGCGAAAUCUCCGCCUUUAAGACGUGUCUGCCUGGUUUCCCCGGGGCCCCGUGUGCCAUUAAGAUCAGCAAAAGCCCUGAUGGUGCUCAUCUCACCUGGGAGCCGCCCUCUGUGACCUCGGGCAAGAUUAUCGAGUACUCAGUGUACCUGGCCAUUCAGAGCACACAGGCCAGCAGCGAGGCCAAGAGCUCGGCCCCAGCACAGCUGGCCUUCAUGCGGGUGUACUGUGGGCCCAGCCCCUCCUGCCUGGUGCAGUCCUCCAGCCUCUCCAAUGCCCAUAUCGACUACACCACCAAGCCCGCCAUCAUCUUCCGCAUUGCUGCUCGCAACGAGAAGGGCUACGGUCCCGCCACGCAAGUCAGGUGGUUGCAAGAAACCAGUAAAGACAGCUCUGGCACCAAGCCGGCCAGCAAACGGCCCAUGUCCUCUCCGGAAAUGAAAUCCGCUCCAAAGAAAUCGAAGGCAGACGGGCAGUGA